UCUGGAGUCGACCGAUCAAUUGUGAACGCCUUCUGUGAUGUGAUGAAAGUACCGGGUUAUUUACAUUUUUAAUUAUCUCUGCCCCUGUUGUUGUUGUUCCUACCAUUUCAGAUGCCUAGAAUGGCAGACGAUGAGUUAUGUGAGAGCUUGCUCAUAUGGGUUCAAACGUUCAAUCUAGACGCGCCACAUGAGACCAUACAAGAUUUGACAGAUGGAGUUGCAUUAGGGGAAAUCCUGUGCCAAAUUGGGUCAUCUUUCUUCACGUCAUCCUGGUUCGGUAGAUUGAAGAAAGAUGCAGGGGAGAGUUGGAGAAUACGAGUCAGUAAUCUUAAGAAGGUCCAAGAAGGAAUCCUUGACUUUUACAAUGAGGAGCUCGGUCAAGAGUUGACAGAUUUCCAGCUGCCCGAUUUGAGUCAGGUCGGUGAACAUGCUAAUCCCGUAGAGCUUGGCAGGUUACUACAGCUUGUGCUCGGAUGUGCAGUCAACUGUGACCAUAAAGAAGAAUACAUCAGCACUAUCAUGGGCUUAGAGGAAUCCGUCCAACAUGUAGUCAUGGGAGCCAUUCAGGAGCUAAUGACCAAAGAGAUUCCUUCUACCUCACCACCCCCUCAAGAAGCCUUGUCGGAGGUCGAAGGUCAACUCAAACGGACGAUGGAGGAAAAGGACGAGGCUUUACAGAGGUGUCAUGACUUAGACCAUCAGGUUGCAGCCUUACUGGAGGAGAAGAAUGCUCUCCAACUUGAAAAUGAACAUCUCACACUCAAGCUAGAUCAAGGAGAUACGUUUGGGGAUCCAAGCACUCCAGCAGGAAGGAGGUACCAACAUCUCCAGGUGACCGUGGAACAGCUCCAGGAGGAGAUGUUUCGAAUGGAGAGUACCAGGGAUGACUACAGGAUCAAAGUGGACAUGCUGGAGAGGGAAAACAUGGAGCUAGUCCACAAGAAUGACGAGCUCCAGACCCUAGCAGAAGAAGCGCGUUCCUUGAAAGACGAGAUGGAUAUUCUCAGGCAUACCUCAGACAAGGUCAGUAAAUAUGAAGCAACCAUCGACACACUCAAGAAGAAGCUGGAGGAUCUAGGUGAUCUGAAGAGGCAAGUCAAGAUUCUUGAAGACAAGAAUACCAUGUACAUGCAGAACACCAUGGAACUGGAAGAGGAGCUGAAGAAAGCAAACGCACUCAAGAGCCAGUUAGAGACCUACAAGAGACAGGUCCACGAGCUCCAUUCCAAGAUGUCCGAAGAAACAAGACGAGCAGACAAGGCAGAGUUUGAAUCCACAAGAGCACAGGAGAAAACAACUCAACUACAAGCAGAGGCAGAGAGGUUGAGGCUAGAAAGAGAUUCUCUGAAGGAAACAAAUGAAGAACUGACCUUGAACCAGCUACAAGGAAGUGCCUUUGGUGAUGGUGAAGUCAUCAACAACCCUGAGAUUGGUUCACCAGGCCUGACUGCUAUGUUACCGCCUGAAGUCAGAGAGAAGAUGAUUCGGUUACAGCACGAGAAUAAGAUGCUGAAGAUGAAGCAAGGUGAGACCGCCGAUGAGCAGACGCAGCUAUUACAGAGCCUCUUGGAAGACUCCAAUGCAAGGAAGAGUGACCUGGAAUCUGAGAACAGAAUCUGCAAUCAGCGAAUCCUAGCACUAGAAGCAGAGAUGGAAGAACUGAAACAACAGCAACAGAGAGAAGGAGUAUCGUCGAACGUCGUAGGCGAGUCUUCCCUGGGAAAGUAUCCACCACCACCACCAUCAUCAUCAUCAUCGAUUGCAGACAUAUCAAAUGAGUUUAACCAAGAACUUAGGAAGAAACUGCAGGAACACAAAGAGAAACUCAGGGAAAGCGAGACAGAAUUAUCAAGAAAGAAGGCACAUAUCGAUGACUUGGAACCUAAAUUUACAAAUACCAAUGAACAAGUGCACAAGCUGAAAGACGUCUUACAGAAGAAAGAAGAUGAGAUGCGAUCGAUGGAGGAGAGGUAUCGGAAGUACCUGGAGAAGGCAAAGUCCGUCAUCAGAACCCUAGACCCUAAGCACAGCACCGGUGCCUCAACCUCCGAGAUUCAACUUCUCCGGAGCCAACUUCAGGAAAAACAAAAGCUCAUUGAGCAUCUAGAGCAUGAGCGGGACAAGUCAAAGGUCACGAGAGACACUGAAGAAAAAUUAGUUGUUUCAGCGUGGUAUAAUCUGGGAAUGCAACUCCAUCGCAAGGCUGCCGAGGACAGACUGUCCCAUACCAGCGGGGGCCAGUCAUUCCUUGCCCGGCAGAGGCAAGCAUCCAGCCGCAGAUCUCAGGCCAUCAUGAACAGCAGUGCCAACUCCGCGAGAUAACCAGGGCCCAACUCCUGCCUU